AUGCAUUCUAAAGUUGAUAAAGAUUUAGAGAUCCUUGCUGGAGACAUGAGUCAAUUAAGUUUUGAUGCAGGCAAAGGAACCAAUUUAAGGAAUACUAGAAAGCCAGAUCUGGAACCUUCUACUCCUUCCAGAUACAAAGAGAAUGGUUAUGUUAAUGUCAAUUCCCCAUCUGUAUCUCCUGCUAAGUCCACAAUUUAUUUUGACGAAGAUACUUCGAAAAUGGAUAUUGAUGAAUCCACUAGAGAUGAGAUAGAUAUCUCCAAUUCUCCUAAGAAGUUACCUCGUGGAUUCUUUGAAAAAGCUUCUUCUGGUAAGACCCAAAGAUUGGUAAGUGUUUGUCAGAUGUACUUUUUGGAUUAUUAUUGUGAUAUGUUUGAUUAUGUCAUUAGCAGAAGACAACGUACUAAAAAGGUUCUUGAAUAUCUAGGACAGCAGAAAACAUUGCCAAAUGUUUCCAGUGACUCUUUGAACACUGAGUGGAAAUCUUAUCUACAAAAGGAACAUGAAAUAUUGAGAAAAAGAAGAUUGAAGCCAAAAAACAAAGAUUUUGAUAUCAUUACACAAGUUGGUCAAGGUGGUUAUGGUCAAGUUUACUUAGCUAGAAAGAGAGACACUAAGGAAGUUUGUGCAUUGAAGGUGUUAAAUAAAAAACUGUUGUUCAAAUUGAAUGAAACUAAUCAUGUUUUGACAGAAAGAGAUAUUCUAACUACUACAAGAUCAGAGUGGCUAGUGAAGUUAUUAUAUGCAUUCCAAGAUGCUGAAAGUCUAUAUCUAGCGAUGGAAUUUGUCCCUGGUGGUGAUUUCCGUACUUUAUUGAUUAACACAAGAUACUUAAAAAGUGCACAUGCAAGAUUUUAUAUUAGUGAAAUGUUCUGUGCUGUCAAUGCAUUGCAUGAAUUAGGUUAUACCCAUAGAGAUUUAAAACCAGAAAACUUUUUGAUUGAUGCAAAAGGUCAUAUUAAGUUAACUGAUUUUGGGUUAGCAGCAGGUACAGUUUCAACAGAGAGAAUUGAAAGUAUGAAAAUAAGAUUAGAAGAAGUCAAAAACUUGGAAUUCCCUGCGUUUACUGAAAAAUCAAUUGAAGACAGAAGAAAAAUGUACAACCACUUGAGAGAAACUGAAAUUAACUAUGCAAAUUCAAUGGUCGGUUCUCCUGAUUAUAUGGCUUUGGAGGUACUAGAAGGGAAAAAGUAUGAUUUUACUGUUGAUUAUUGGUCAUUAGGAUGUAUGUUAUUCGAAGGACUUGUAGGUUAUACUCCUUUCAGUGGCUCUUCCACAAAUGAAACUUAUGAAAACUUGAGACAUUGGAAAAGAACAUUAAGGAGACCUCGCUUAGAAAAUGGCAGACCUGCUUUUUCAGACAGAACUUGGGAUUUGAUAACAAGAUUGAUUGCUGACCCAAUAAAUAGAUUGAGAUCCUUUGAACAUGUCAAAAGAAUGUCAUAUUUUGCUGAAAUCGAUUUUAACAAAAUUAGAGAAAUGACUCCACCAUUCACUCCACAAUUAGACAGCGAAACGGAUGCAGGUUACUUCGAUGAUUUCACUAAUGAGGCUGAUAUGGCUAAAUAUGCUGACGUAUUCAAGAGGCAGAAUAAGUUAUCAGCUUUAGUGGAUGAUUCUGCAGUGGAAUCAAACCUUGUUGGUUUUACAUUUAGACAUAGAAAGGGUAAACAAGGUUCUAGUGGUAUCCUGUUUAAUGGAUUUGAAAAUUCAGACCCUUUCUCUACAUUCUAUUAA